UUUCAGAAGAGCAUAUCCUUGCUUGCCCAACUGACCAUGACCAGCACGAGUGCGAGGCCCUCCGCAGCAGAACCAACACCACAUAUUCCGCGUGCCGCCCUAGUCCCGCAAGACCAUGCCCCAUCAACAUGGUCAAGUCUGGAGUUGAAUGCCAUGGAACCAGUCGGAAGCCGAAUACAGCAAGAUAGGCGCUCAAGACAUGUUAGGUCGAAACAACCAUCCGAACUUGGCACGACGUUCAACGUCGCGCCGUCAGCAGCAGCAGCAGCAGCAGCAGCAGAGGACAGCGGAGCUCAAGGCACAGAUGAAAUAACAAACCCAACACUCUCACGCAGGAACACCAUCUGGCGACUAGCCAGUGCGUGCCUCAUGAACUUCGGCAACGGAAUGAACGACAGUGCGCCCGGUGCCCUAAUUCCGUAUAUUGAGGAAGACUACGAAAUUGGCUACGCCGUUAUCUGAAGAUAUCCUCUAUUGAUUGGCUUGGGGGCUUCUGCUCUCACAUAGGUGGACUAGAAGUAAAACCUCUACCCAGUACCCAUGUACCAAAUAUACAUCCCCCCUUUUACCCCCGCUGUUGUCACGUGCUUUCGGCAGUAAC